UUUCAAUCAUUUUCGAGAUAAUUAACUUCGAUCGUUUGUAAAAAAAAAAAAAAAUGUAUACGGAUAAUUAUCUUUACGCAAAUAAUUCUCGUAAAAUUAUUUCAUUCUUUAAACUUAUUUAUUUUAGUUUAUCUGCCCACGCUGAAUAUAAAUAAUCACACAUGACACGUAGUCCUUUUGUGGAUUGCCGCAUCCAGAUUGUAGGCGUGUGUUCGAGUCCGUAUAACCAACGCAGUUAAUCAUUCGCAACAUCGUGUUCAAGAAUUUCAAUCUAUAGGUAACAUUACAGUCAAGCCUGUAAGUGUCAAUUAGCAUAGUGCAACGGCAUUGAGAGGCUAUACACGAGGUAUGCUGUAAAAGAACACGCAACAUAUGUAUAUAUACAGCAUGCGAUAUAUACGAAAGUGUGAAUGCACUUUGGAGCCUUGAAACUGUACGUAGUCCAACCGCGACUACGAAUAACAUAGUCUAUGAAAGGUGAACCUUGGUCUUGUUCAUAAUAUCAAUCCAGCUGCAACGACAAUGCGCUUUUACCAUAUCUUUCAAGUGUUAUACGUCGACCGAGCAAUACAUCGUUGACACCCUAUAUUAACAUGAUCCUUACUUGGCCCCACUCUUUGAACCCACUGAACGGACUGAAGUUUUACUUUCGUUCGAGGAUCGGUCUCAGUUCAGGUUUACCGCUUCGUGUUCUUGCGCAUACCCGGCGCGGCUCUUGCGAAAUUUUACGAGGCAAAUGAAUUUUAUCAAUUAUUAUCACACUGGGAUGGUUUUGAAAAAAAUGUCCGUGUGCAUAAGACGAAGAUCGAUCAACGCUAUAUUUCUCUUCCUAUCGCGAUUCCUCACUACAUCUGUACUCGUGGACGGUACUACUUUACCAUCAAACAUGUUACUGGAUCUGGGUAGACGUACGAAUAUCUCUAUGGAGAAAUACGAGCAGGCGGAACGAGCGAUCCUGAACUCGCGCACGCAUUUAAAUCACGGCUCACCCUCGUGGUUCCUUGGGGCGUCGCACGAGAUAACCGAGCACGCUCAAAAUCUGUCGAGGCGAGCCCUACGAAUAGAAACGAUGGCCGUGAUGUUGGUGGAGGCUUUGAACAUGUCGUCGAAAGAGGCGACAUCCGUGUUGCCAUCGGUUGCCCCCAUCAAUUGUCCCGAUUCACCUACGUUUUUGCAAGUGAUGGCCAGUUGCAAGAAGAUCGAUCCUCGCUACAGGACGCACAGCGGGAAAUGCAAUAACGGUUUACAUCCGACUUGGGGCGCCGCCCUGGAAGCUUACGUCCGAUUCUUGCCGCCUGAAUACGUGGACGGCGUCUCUUUACCGCGUAUAGACUUGCCAAGCGCCAGAGAUGUCUCGUUAAACGUGCAUUCAGGUGGAUCCGACCUCAAGCAUCCCUACUUAAUGGCGCUCACUGCACUCUUCGGCCAAUUUCUUGUCCACGAUCUUGCGCACACGCCCAAGAUGGAACUGCCCGACGGAGCGAAAUUGAAGUGUUGCGACGUGGAUUACGAACACUUUCAUCCGGAAUGCUUCCCGAUUCGUGCCGAUAACGCUGUCGGUUGCAUGGAAUAUUCUAGAUCGGCGCCGCACCCAGGAAAUUCGUUACAGGGAUGCAAAUUGGGUCCUCGACAGCAGAUCAACCAAGCGUCGUCGUAUUUGGAUCUUUCCCCUCUUUACGGCAGUUCCGAAGACGUAGCGAAAGCUCUCCGAUCCGGCAAAGGCGGUUUGCUUAAUACGCAAAGGAAGAACUUGCCCAUGCCUUCGCCCAAGUACGAAAGUUGCAGAAGCGCGAACAAAGCUUUCCCGUGUUUUCUUAGCGGGGAUUCGCGGGUAAACGAGAACCCUGGUCUCACUCUAAUGCAUGUACUUUUUCUACGUGAACAUAAUCGAGUCGCUACUGCCCUGGGACAACUGAAUCCUCACUGGGAAGAUGAGAGGCUCUAUCAGGAAGCAAGAAGGAUCGUUAUCGCGGAAAUGGAGCAUAUAACUUAUAACGAGUUUCUACCCGUUGUUCUCGGCGAAACAACUCUCGACAAAUACCAAUUACGCUUAACGCAUCGAGGCUAUUUUCGAAACUACGAUAGUCGAACGGAUGCGACACUUUCGAACGCUGUCGCGUCUGCUGGACUCUUCUUCAUUGCCACGUUGACCCCAAAAACCCUCGACCUAGUUGACUCGCGAUCGGCGUCAAAGUCUGGAGAAAGGUCCUUACUAUCGGCCUUCUACGCUCCGCAAGAGUUCUAUGAAGCUGGUGCUAUUGAUCGCUUGAUUGUCGGCGCUACAGCGGGACAUUCUAGGAAGCCAUUGCCACCGGGACUGAAUGAAAUCCUUUUGGAAAGAUAUUUUCACGAUGGAAAAAGCAACGAUAUCGCCGUGGAUUACGCUGCACAAAUCAUACAACAAGGAAGAGACCACGGUUUACCACCUUAUGUUAGAUGGCGAUCAUUUUGCAAUUUACCUCAUAUCAUUAGUUUCGAAGAUCUUAGAGGUACAAUGUCUAAAAAUACUAUAGACAGACUUCGAAAAGUUUAUAAAAAAGUAGAGGAUAUAGAUUUAGUGACAGCAUUGCUUUCGGAAGCACCGUUACCCGAUUCAGUUUUAGGACCAACAUUUCUUUGUUUAUUGGGUCGUACUUUUCGAAAUAUUCGUUUUGGUGACAGAUAUUGGUAUGAAAAUGCAAACAGCCCAGGAUCAUUUACCUCGAAUCAAUUAGAUGAAAUCCGAAAAAUCACAAUGACACAAAUUUUAUGCUACAAUGGUGAAAGACUGAGUUUGAUACAACCAAGAGCAUUUCUUUUAAAAGAUCGAUUUUUAAAUGAAUUAAUAAAUUGUACAAUACAUAAAAAUGGAUCACCAAAUCUUUCACUUUGGAAAGAAAAAAAUUCAUAAUUUUUUGCUAUUUGUAAUUGUAGAUAACAAAUUUUAUUUAAUUGUUAUAAAUAAAAAAUACUAUCAAUUAUGUUAAUCAAUAUUGUUCCUUACAUAGAAGGUAUAAAUUUAUAUAAUUUAUUUUUUUUUUCUUGCUAAGUUACAAUUUUUUUUUAAUUGAAAAUUAAUAAAUAUAAAUGAAAUACAUUAUUAAUAUAGUUUGUAAGAACUAUUUACUCAAUUAUAUCAAUACGUUCUAUACCUUUUGUGUAAGUUCGUAUUUAAUAUUUUUCAUAUUUGUAAUAUAUAUAUAUACAACAAAAGUAAUUGUAUUUUAAAAAUGUAUCAUUUAAUAAAAUAGAAAUACUUAUUUUUUUUUGUAUAUAAGUUUAAAACAUUAAAUAUCUUUAUAUUUUUAAUCGAUAGAUUAAUAAAUAAUAAUUGCUAAAAAAUUAUAUAAAAUUCAAAUUCAAACAUUAUAAAAAUAUAA